UUUCUCUGUCCUCAUUUUAGGGCAACGUCUAGGGCUUUCAGAUCUUCAGUUCACCCGUAUCUGUAUCCUUCUGUGUUUAAGCUUUCUCACUCUAAAAUCAAGAUGUUUUGGCACAUGACUGGAUUGUCCGCUGCUUCACCUGUGGAAUCUGUCUUGGACAAGGAAAACUUCACUUUGGAGGAGCUGUUUGAUGAAGAGGAAAUAAUCCAAGAAUGCAAAGCUUUGAAUAGCCGUCUCAUUAAUUUUCUCCGAGACAGAGCUCAGGUGAAACAAAUGCUGCAUUAUAUUGUGGAGGAUCCUCCUGAGGAUUCUGAGAAGAGACGCGCUUACAAGUUCCCCUUUGUUGCCUGUGAGAUAUUCACUUGUGAAAUUGAUGUUAUACUCAAAACUCUGGUGGAGGAUGAGGAGUUGAUGAACUUGCUUUUCUCCUUUCUGGAGCCAAACCGUUCUCAUUGCACCUUGUUGGCAGGAUACUUCAGUAAGGUUGUUGUAUGCCUUAUGCUACGGAAGACCAUUCCUCUUAUGAACUAUGUUCAAGCCCACCAAGAAAUAUUUGGACGACUUGUUGAUUUGAUUGGGAUCACAUCCAUCAUGGAGGUUCUGGUAAGACUUGUGGGUGCUGAUGAUCACAUGUACACCAACUUUACUGAUGUGAUGCAGUGGUUAGCUGAUACAAAUUUGCUUGAAAUGAUCGCGGAUAAACUGAGUCCAUCUAAUUCACCUGAAGUUCAUGCAAAUGCAGCAGAAACACUUUGUGCAAUAACUCGAAACUCUUCAUCGGCUCUAGCUGCUAAAAUUUCUACCCCAAGCUUUGUUGGUAGAAUAUUUGGCCAUGCAUUGGAACAUGCACCUUCCAGGUCUUCUUUGGUUCAUUCACUGUCAGUAUGUAUCUCUUUGCUGGACCCUAGGAGAGCUGCUUUGGCUCCACCAGGUCAUCUGAUUAGAGGCCAACACUUAUUUGACCCACCCUUUUCUGCUAAUCCUGAGACAGUCAGUGGUAUGCUCCUGAAACUUGGUGACUUGCUUAUGCUUUUGAACGUGUCCUCUGACGAAAGUGUUUUGCCUACUACAUAUGGUGAACUGUGUCCGCCUCUUGGGAAGCAUCGUUUGAAGAUUGUGGAGUUUAUAGCUGUACUGUUGAGAACUGGCAGUGAUAUUGCUGAAAAGGAAUUGGUCAGCUCGGGUGCAAUACAUAGAAUUCUGGACCUCUUCUUUGAGUUUCCAUUCAACAAUUCUUUGCAUCAUCAUGUGGAGAGUAUCAUAAUGUCAUGCUUGGAGAGCAAGAACAGUACAUUAAUAGAUCACCUCUUUAAAGAAUGUGAUUUAAUUGGCAAAGUCCUUUCUGCAGACAAGAACCCAACUCUUUCCAGUGAUACAAAUGGGCCAACAAUGCCUGCUCCUGGAAGACCCUCCCCUAGGAUAGGCAACAUUGGACACCUCACACGUAUGGCUAACAAGCUUGUUCAGUUGGGGAAUAGCAACAGUCAAGUUCAAGCAUAUCUGCAGGAAAACGGUGAAUGGAUUGAAUGGCAUGCCAAUGUUCUACUCAAACGCAACACGGUGGAAAAUGUCUAUCAAUGGACUUGUGGCCGUCCAAGUUCUUUGCAGGAUAGGAUGAGGGAUAGUGAUGAGGAUGAUAUCCGUGACCGAGAUUAUGAUGUUGCAGCCCUGGCUAAUAACUUAAGCCAGGCUUUUCGGUAUGGAAUGUACGAGAAUGAUGAUGGUGAAGAGGUUCAUGGAUCACUUGACCGAGAUGAGGAGGAUGUCUACUUUGAUGACGACUCUGCUGAAGUUGUUAUAUCAUCCCUGAGGCUUGGUGAUGAUCAAGAAAAUGGUUGCCUCUUCACAAACUCCAACUGGUUUGCUUUCCAAGAUGAUAGAAUUGUGGAUGAGCCAUUGAGCACCUCACAACCUUCGAGGAUGGAAGAGAUCAAUCUCAAUGGCACAGAGGGGACAGUUAACAGUGGUGGAAGCAGUAGCAGUGAUGAUGAGGUGGUGGUUGGGGAAGAUGAGGAGUUGCUGGACACUGCCAAUUCCAGUGAGAGAAGAUCUUUGAGUUGGGUCACUGAAAAUGGGUUAAGUAACGGAAGGGAUCCGUCCUCUUUAACUGCCAAUUUAGAGAAGGCGGGUACUUCUGAUGUGAGCCUUUUUGGGUCUGACCAAUGUGAGGGUGAAACGUCUGGGGUGCGGUCGCCUGUUGAUUGGGUUGCAUGGCAAGGUGAAUUAGGGAAGGGAGGUAAAGCUUUCUUUUGCACUUGAGAUUUUUCAUGGGAUGAGUUUGACGCAGUUAGUCUCUCUCUCUGUGUCUAAAUAAACACACGCACAUUCAUAUGCAUGCGUACACGCUCUCACAGCACAGCUCACAUAUACUUAUAGAAUAUGUCUUCCCCCACCACGUUCUUUCUCUCUUACUCUGCCAUGCUUGUAAGAAAUAAUUUAUAGACCACCAGUCACAUGAGAAUUUGUGAUUUCUCUCUAUGAAUUUAUGAACUUCUUUGUACUUUCUUUUGCAUACACACCAUGAUAUGAAACGCCCUCUCGCUCUCUCUCAUUCGCUAUGUACAAGAAUAUCUAGCUGAUCUAAUCCCUUUCAAUCAUAUGCAUGAAAAACCUUGAGUGGUUGGUCUCUUUCUUGUUCUCUUUAUGGGGCAAUUACAAAAUAGUUUUCAGACUCUCUCUCUCUCUCUC